AAGAAAAAACUUGAAACCCAAAUUUCUGGUAGUGUGUUUGUGACCCUCUCAAUCCAUCUCUCUCUGGUUCCUGGAGUUCCCUAUAUUUGCAGACGCACACAUAGGCACAUGCUCCUUAGAGUUUGAGGGUUUGUGACCCUUUCUUUUGUCCCCUUAAAGAAAAAAAAACAGUGCUCCAAAAUUUUGUUUUCCGCACAUUCAUACUUUCUCUCUCUAAAAAAAAAGAAACAAGUGCUCCCUCCUCCCUUCUCUCUCUACAACCCCUUCUCCACUUUGAUUUUCCGUCUUCAAUGCUAACCAACGAAUAUGAUCCUCUACGUGUAAUCCCACCAUACCUAACCUAAAACCCUUUUUGAUCUCUCUCUCACACCAUGUCCCAAGGAUCUCCCCCUCCCCCGCAGGACGCCGCCGAACCCGAUUCGCACAAGGAGGAAACCACCGCUACCGCCGCCGCCGCCGAUGCCGCUCCUCCCGCCCCCACGCGCAACCGCCCCUCCCGCGCCUGCACCAUUCGCGCCGCCGCGCGUCUCUACUCGGCGUCGCAGCCGGCGAGGCCCAAGGCCGCGAAGAGGGAGCCUCGCCGCGAGGAGUCCCCGCCGCCGUCGCCGCCGCAGCCGCAGCAAUGCAGCAAGAUCGUGACGCCGCUGGUGGAGCCUCCCACGCCGGCGCAGUUGCCGCGCUAUAACCUCCGGUCGAUGUGGGAAUUGGCUUCAAUACUCAAUUUUUUGAACCUGUUUAGGCCUUUGUUGAAUAUUUCAGUAGAAUUCUCGGCUGAAGAGUUUGAGACGGCUUUGCUCACCCCCAAUGACACAUUGGGUGAUAUACAUAUGCCUUUGUUAAAGGCAAUUCCUCCCAUUACACGAAUGGCACUCUCACGUGAUACAUGGAUAACUGUAUUAUGCAGAAAAUUGAGAGAUUGGUGGCACUGGGUUGCAGAUGGGGAUCUUCCUAUUGUUGCUUCACAUGGAGUGGAGGUUGAAGUAUAUAAAUCACUUGAUCCAGGGGUUCGUGUGGUCAUCUUAAAAGCAUUAUGUGACAUUCGUGUUGAGCAAGAAGAUAUCAGAGGUUUCAUUGACAGCUCAAUCAAACGCGGGAUUCAACUUUCGACAUUCCGUAAGGAGCGUAUUGGUGGUGAUUCGCAUGGAGUUUCUUAUUGGUAUGAAGAUGACCCAGUUAUUGGUCAUAGGUUGUAUCGGGAAAUAAGGAAAACUGAGGUGGUUCAAUUGAGGAAAGGGAAACCAAGGGGUUCCCAGGUUUUUUCUAAUACAACCUACCAAUGGGAAACAGUUGCUACCAAUUUUGAUGAAUUUCAGGAUGUUUCUGAGAAGCUUUUCACAAGUAAAAACAGAAUGGAGGUUUCUGUAGGAAAGAAGGUGAAGAUAGACAUGCUCCCUGAAAUUGAGAAAGAGCACAAGAGAAAGGAGAAAUUGCUGAAGAAACAACACAGACAAGCUCUUCUUCUUGAUAAUUUCUUGGGUGUUGAUGGGCUUGCCCCAGGGCGUUCACUUCGUGAUAGGAAACCUGUUACCUACACUUUUGAUGAUUACGAUCGAUCCAUCAACGAGGCAAUUAAGAUAACCAAACAGAAACCACCAUCCCCAGAACCUAUACCCAGGAGAGAAACAGGAGUAAAACCUGAAGGUUUAACCAAUGGUAAAUGGAGUGGUCCUUCACAUGAUCCUCAAGAUCUAAAUUUUGGCAUGCCAUCUCCAAAAUCACCUGAUUUUGAUGAUAUGGAAGAAGAGAAUGAAACUGACAUGUUGGAUCGAAGCAAUCGAAGAAGACAGAGACCUAAACGGUAUUCAGAGAAAGAGUUUGUUGAAGCAGUGUCAGAUAAUGAGGCUGACUAUGACAGUGAUGAUGAUAUUGUUGGAGAAGCUGUAUAUGAUGAAGAAUAUCUCCGAAAACGUAAGCAGAGAAGGAAGACUUCUAGUAGCUCUGGCUCUGAAGGAGAUGAAGAAUACCAUUGGGAUGAAGAUAAUGUUGAAGAUGAAGAAGAAGAUGACGAGGAAGAAGAUUCCUUGAGUGUCAGUGAGGACAGUGACAAGCCCCGAAAAAUCAAGCGAUUGCCAGGCCGUACCAGGAGGGGAACUAAACUCAGAUCUGUGGGUGAGAUUCAAUCAGGUCUAAGACGCAGUAAGAGGGCAACAAGAAACCAAAUAAAUUACCGACAGUAUGAGAUGUCUGAUUCAGAAACAGAGUUCAUUAAACCUGACAAGUCUAAUGCAUCAGAUGAUCACUCAGAUCCUACUGAGAAUGGGGAUUAUAAUAUGGAAAGUGAAGAUUCAGAUGGCAAUGAUGACGAAGACCAAGAAACCAAAGUAGUUGAGCCUCCUGAAAACAACCAAUAUCCUGCAGAAGAGAACAACCAAUAUCCUGCUGCAGAGGAGAAGGAACAAGACCAAGACCAAGACCAAGACCAAAAUCAGCCUCCCGAAAAAUCAAGUAGUCCAGGUCAAGAGGAAGUUGAGGGCACCGCAAAGCGACGUUUCCUUGAUUUGAAUGAGCUUGCCCCUAGCUCAGGUUUUGAUGAUGGUCCUAAUACAACAACAAAAGAUGAAGGCAAUGAUGAUUUCUGAAGCUUCCCCUUUUUGGUUGAAAGCAAGGAUGAUGGUAGUUUGCUACCAAGGAAGCUAAGUGACAUGUAUGAUAAUAGAACUAUAAAUUUUGUUGAGCCUCAAAGGAAGUUGCGGCCAGAUAUCUUCCUAUGGCAAAAUCUAAGCAGAGGAGAGCCCUUUGGUGCAUGAUUUACCACCAGAAGCAGCAUAAUACUGAGUUGUGUAGAUUAGGUAGUCAUUUUUUAGUAUUUAGUAUUUCUACAAUCAAAAGGGUCUACGGAAAUGAAUGAGAAUUUGUUGGGCGUUAUUUGGCCCAUCCAAUCCGGUGUACAAUAACUGUUAACAAGUACUGUAACUUUAAAUAGAUAUGGCUUUUGAUUAUCAAGCCCUGUAGUUUUUUUUUUAUGGACUCGAUAGUGAUUAGCUUUUAAGCAACAGGGUUAACCGUGUUUCUUUGUUCAUCUGACCAGAUAAAGAAAGAAAAAUGGUCUCACUUUUGAUUUCUCUGCAGAA